AUGCUUUGUUCGAUGAAAUUCAUCGCCCUAUUCUUACUACUGGCCAUCCCGUUUUCCUCGGCGAUAAUCCAUCGCUAUAAACUGACAGUUAUGGGCCAGCUGAAAUGCAACGGCACGCCGAUCGCCGGCGUCGAGGUCAAGCUAAUGGAGCACGACCUCUUCAAGGAGGACGACCACUUGGGCACCGAUUUUACGGGAGAAGAUGGAAAAUACAGCAUUUCGGGAGGGGACGUCGAGAUUGGGGAUUUCCCGGAAAACUACCUACAAGUCCUGCACAAUUGUGUGGCAAAUGAUUCGCCAGAAUGGAAACGCCGGAACUGCCGGGCCAUCAUCCACCGCCAAAUCCCGUACAGCUACGUGAACGGCGAUCCCUUCGAGAUGGGCAGCUACGAGUUGUGGCAAAAUAAGGGGAAUCGAAACCUACAACAAAUGCCCCACGGCUUGUUGGAGGAUUCGGCGGAGGAAUCCGACCGGAGCGACAGCUCGAUGGAGAUGGAUGCCGAGCGGCCCGUCAAGAAAAUGAAGAUCAUGAAGAGCCGCGAGCGCAUAGACUCGAGUGGCAGCGAGGACGAAGAAGUGGACGAGGACCGCCUGCGCGAGGAAAUGGGCGACUUCAUCGCCAGCGACGACGAGAUCGAGCUCGAGGAACGGGAUGAAGAUCGAAGGCGCGAAAGCUCGACGGACGAUGAGCUGGACGACGAAGACUUGGCGCUGCUCGACGAGAACUACGGCGCCAAGCUGAAGAAGCGCUCGCGUGUCGUGCAAGAGGAGGACUCGGAGGAUGAGGACGAUCGUGACCGGAUCAAGCGCGACCUGUUUGGCAAUGGCGGAGAUGUCGAUGAAGAAGACGCACGCCGCUCCAACGAGCGCAACCGGUUCGGCUCAAACACGCUCAUCGACGGCUGCUCCGAGGAAUCAAGUGAAGACGACUUUAUCGAAGACCGUCAGCGUGUUCGCCGCCGGCGCUCCAGAGCGACCAACGGACUGGAUACGAUAGCCCUUGACGAAUGUCGCGCUGUCUUCGGCGUCGACGAUCUCAACGGGAUGAGCUUGUUCGAGGACGGCGAGUUGAUCAGCGAUGGCGAGGAGGAAGAUGAGCACCAAUCACCAGUUGCUAAGGAACCGGAAACAAUGGCGAGUGAAGACCGGCAGGCGUUGGAGGAUAAGCGGAUCAUUAUGCAGGACGUUCCUGAAAGAUACCAAAUACGCCGCAUUCCGGUGAAAGAGGCCGACGACGCCGAACUGUCCGCAGAGGCGAACUGGAUCUGGGAGAAGUACUUCAACGAGGGCAUCGGCUUCACCCCGUACGAAAACCGCCUCAACCGCAUCCAAGUCGACGAGAAUGGUCGUGUGCUGACGCUGCUUGAUGGUAUCAUCAACGUGCUCUACGACAUCCGCGUCAAUUUUUUCGAGCCGCCCUUCAUCUACACCUACCGCAAGGAGUCACUCGGCGUCCUGGCGAAUGAACACGUUUGGCGCAUUCUGGAGGCCGACCUCGCCUGGAUGGCGCUCAGCGAGAGGAGGGACAAGCUGAAAGCCCUGGUCGAACGCUUGAAGAACUAUCAAGACGAUCACAAGCUCAUCUCCCGCCGCACCCUAAAACAUGAAGAUGUGUGGAACAUCGAACGACUUGGCUCCGUCGAAGAACUGGACGACUUUGCCAACUGGCUUCAUUUUCACUAUGAUGAGGAUCUCUACAACAUGUCCGAGAAGCGGCUCACCGAAGAGGACCGCGAAGAAGCCGAACCCGAGCUGGCCGUGCAUAAGUUCAAGAAGGUCGUCCGCCAAAGCCGCUAUCGGAAACUCGUCGCAGAUGGGCUGGGCAAGCUGGCCCAACGCUUCGGGCUCUCCGCAGAACAAUUUGCCACCAACUUGAUCUUCGAUUCGGCGCAGGAGGAUGUCCACCCAGAAAAUGCUGACCCGCACGAGGUCGCCUAUCAGCUGAUUCAAGACCGACCCGCUGUAGACGCACUGAAAGAUGCGGUAUAUGUGCUCGCCAUGGAAUUUGCACAAGAGCCACGGGUCGUCUCCACGUUGCGCUCCCGGUACCGCGAACACGCCAACGUCGUCUGCUGGCCAACGAAACAGGGCUGCGUCAUCAUCGACGAGGAUCACCCGAUUUUCCGGUAUCGCUACCUGAACAAGCCGGUCAAGGAGUUCACGGAUGAUCAGUUCCUGUAUCUUGCAUUGGCCCACCGCGACAAGCUCAUCGAGCUGAAGAUCACGCUCGACGACCAUGACCUGGCUGCCGCCAUCAUCGACAACGGCGUCUUCCGAAGUGAAGGCUAUGGCAACGCGGCCUUCGAGUGGAACGCCUUGCGGGACCAGGUCGUCCAGGCGAUGGUCCGCUCGCUGCUGCCGAAGCUCGAAAAGGAGACGUACGACGAUUUGAAGGAGAAAGCCACCAAAUCCGUUCUCGAGGCAAUCGGGCUGCAGAUGUUCGAAGAGCUCUCAAUCGGCCCAUUCAAGCCCGACGGUGUGCUCGGAGAUUCGGACGAUGUGCAACAGGAUCGGAUCGUAGUACUGACGUACUCCCCGGAUUGGAAAGAAGUACCGUUUGGAGUGGCUGUUGACAUGGAAGGCCUGGUUCUGGACCACAUCCGGCUCGACCACCUGAUGAAGCGAGGGGCACCGGUCGGCGGCUCGUUUCUACGUUCGGCUAACCCGCGGAGAGAUUAUGACGCAACAACAAAGGCGGCCGCGUUGAAGAAGCUCGACACGUUUCUACUGAAGCACCGCCCCGCGCUGCUCGUUAUCGCAGGCGAGAGUGUGGCCGCUACACGGCUCCAGAAGGACAUUAUCGAAGCCUUCUGUCAAAACCCGCUGCUCCCAAAAAUCUACAUUUUGCCGAACAACUACGCCAAGGUCUUUGCGAUGUCUGCAGGAGCCAAGGAAGAAUUCCCCGACUACCCGGUGCUGCUCCGCCAGGGCGUCUUCCUCGGCCGCUACGCGAUCGACCCGGCGCUCGCGCUGACACAGUUGUGCAAUGAGGAUGGUGACAUCCUCUGCGUCCCACUUCACCCGCUACAAAAAGAGCUAGACCAAGAGCGCCUUCGGCUGGCCAUCGACACCGAGUUCAUCUACCGCAUCUGCGACAUCGGUCUCGACUUGAACCGGUGCAUCACGCACGCCUACCUCCAGAACGCGCCCCAAUACGUUGCCGGUCUCGGCCCGCGUAAGGCUCGGCGGUUGUUGCGAAGCCGACAGAUUGACGGGUUGGUCCAGUCACGUGCCGACCUCGUGCUUUCCUGCCAGAUCGGCCCGAAGGUGUUCAUGAACUGUGCCGGAUUCUUCAAGUUUGACCAAGAGCAGCUACAACGGCUCGAGCUGGCCUGCGAUGAGUUUGACGCGACCCGCAUCCACCCCGAGGCGUACGAAUGGGGGCGCAAGGUGAUUAACGAUACCCUCGACGUCGAAGUCGCCGAUUUGACGGCGGCUUUUGAAGUGCUAAGAAAGCGGCCCCAUCUUUUGGAGGAAUUCGACCCCGAAGCUUUCCAUGACGCAAUUCCGGACCGGCAUGCGAAUAAGGUAGUGACGUUGCACGAUCUGCGCAACGAGCUCCGCGAUCGGUUCAAGGACACACGCGAGCCGAUGAUGGAAUAUUCCGACAAAGAGCUCUUCAGCAUGCUGACCGCUGUCACCCCGCAGACUCUCUACAUCGGCAAGCUCGUCACUGCCAAGGUUUGCGGCUACGCCUACCGCAAGGUCGACGAUCCGGAGUCUCGCCAAGCUGAGCUAAGCCGUGACGGAAACGGCUGGUCGUGCCCGUGGUGCUGCGACUUCAGCGCCGCCGACCGGCUCGACGUCUGCGAACACAUCGUGAGCACUUGUCCCGGAAAGCCGAGCGGCGUCAAGGUCGUGCUCGACAACGGCAUCACCGGCUUCAUCCCCAUCCCAGCGCUGUGCUCGGACACCACCAACCUCCGACAUCCACGCGAGCGCGCUGCCAUCAACCAAGCCGUCUACGGACGCAUAACGGAAGUCGAGCCGGAUCGCUUCAGCGUCAUGCUUAGCUGCAAGAAAGAUGAUUUGCAAAAGGAGCCGUUGCUUGAUCAGUUCUUCGACCAGGAGCGCGCGGAGGCCGACAGGGCCACGGGGCAGUCGGUGAUGUCGGAACCGCAAGAAGAAAAAGCAUUGAAUAAGCGCCUCAUCCGCCGCGCGAUCGACCAUCCCAUGUACCACAACGUCAUCCUGCCGACGGCCAAGAAGACGUUGUCCACGAUGCUGGUGGGUGAGGGCAUCUUCUGCCCGAGCGAAAGCCCGAACAUGCUUUACCUGCUAUGGAAGGUGGCCGAAGACGUAUACGCGAAGCGGGAAAUUCACGAAUCGGGCAAAGAGGGCCGCCAGCCAAUCGCCCUCGGCCGCAAGUUGAGAAUUGGGAAGGAGAUCUUCGAUGAUCUCGAAGAGGUCCGCGUGCUCUACAUGGAGCCCCGCGCCAUGUUGGCCCGCCAAAUCGUCAACCACAAGUACUACAGCAACGUUACCAUUGAAGGCUCCGAAUUUGCCGAGUUCGAGGACCUGCUCUACCAUGCCUACUGCUCCGACCCGCAAGUGACGCAAUACCGCUUCGCUGUCUCGGCCACCUACCCGGGCAAAUUCAUGCUGGGCUGGUACAGGGAUAAGGCGCACCUCGAGUCGAUCACCAUCGCCGCCAACAAGCUAUGCUUCCGGAAGCGCCUCUUCUGCAACCUCGACGAGCUGAUCGCCUGGUUCAAGCGGCACACG